AUGGGCCCUUCACCGCAUCAAUCUCCCAAGCCUGAACAGACUGAUGACAACAGCAGCGAGGAGUCUUUGAACUCUGACAUUCAGAAAUUGAAGGAGAGGCUGGACAUGCUGGACAUGCUGGACAACGAGAUUUCCCAGUUAGUAAAAGACUUACCUGAUGGUAGCUCUCUGUUGCUCUUCCCCAGAGGCUACCGUGUGGGUGAACUGGAGAACCUUAUCUCCCUCCUCCACGAAUACAAUGACAUCAAGGACGUGGCACAGAUGCUACUGGGAAAGCUGGCUCUGACCCGAGGUGUCACCACCAAGGAGUUAUAUCCAGAUUUUGCUCUAGACCUGAGUGACUGAGCAGAGGCUUGCAGAUUUUUAUCUACAGCCCAUGGGGACAGGUGGAUGGGGACAUGAAAAGCAAAGAGCCCAGACAGUACAUUC